AUGGAUUUGUCGUUCCCAUAUCAGAAAAAAAGAAGUGAAUUCGGGAGACAAUGCUUGUUUUCCGACAAAGGGCCAGAAUUAAUAGACAACUUCCCUUCUGAUAGGAGACUAUUUAAACAGUUUCUUCUGAGAGAUCCCGUUUCAAGAUCUCAACAAUGCGCUCCAGUAAUAGCGGAGCACUACUUGAACACUAUGCGUGCGGAGUACUCGAACGCAAGUGUUAAUCACGUAGAAGGUGGAUGGCCGAAAGACGUUAAUAUAGCCGAUGAAGAACAAACGAAAAGAUAUAGAAGAAAAGUAGAAAAAGAAGAACAGUUCAAUACUAUUAUGAUGUCGUUGUUUAAAAGUAUGGAAAAUUGUAUUUUACAAAACAAUGCUUUGAAUAUAUAUCAACAAUACUUUUCCGAUGUUGAACCAAUGCCGUUGGUGGAAAGAAGCUCGGCAAGAACUGUUAAUGUUUAUCAAGAUCAAUGUACUCCAACCCGUCCUGUAACUCACAUUUCUUGGUCUCCUGAUAAUCAAACAAAAUUGGCAGUUUCUCAUUGCAAUCUCGUUUUUCAAGCCUAUAUUCCGAAACAAUCCCAUGUUUCUUACAUAUGGGAAGUCGAAAAUCCUAACAGACCAUUAUAUACGUUAAAACCUGAACAACCUAUUGUUUGCUUAGAAUACAAUCAGAAAGAUCCACAUAUAUUAGCUAGUGGUCAAAUGAACGGUCAAGUCGCUAUAUGGGAUAUUAGGAAAAAUGCAGAACCAGUUGAUAUGAGUAUAAGAGAAACUAGUCAUUUCGCCCCUGUAAACAAUUUACUAUGGAUACAUUCGAAGACGGGUAGUGAAUUUUUUACUGGUUCCAGCGAUGGACAAAUUAAAUGGUGGGAUACAAGAAAAUUGUCCGAACCCACGGAUAAUCUGAUUUUAGAUUACGUGAAAGAUGAUGAACAGCAAUUGUCUCACGCUUAUGGCGUUUCUAUUUUAGAAUACGAGAGUACCAUCCCGACUAGAUUCAUGAUAGGUACCGAAGAAGGUCAUUUGAUUGGUGGUAAUCGUAAAGGAAAAACGGGAAUAGAAAAAAUGGCAUUUAAAAUACCGUACGCUCAUUUCGCGCCAAUAGUAGCCCUUCAAAGAAACCCCGCUUCCUCCAAAAACUUUUUGACGGUCUCCAAAUGGGCUGCCAAAAUUUGGAGUGAGGAUUGUCGAGAGAGUUGCAUUUUAUGGACUAGUUUCCAUAAGUGUGUUUUAACAGAUGGAGCUUGGAGUCCCACGAGACUAUCCGUUUUUUUCACGACGAGAUCAGAUGGAAUGUUUGAUGUCUGGGACGUUCUACAAAAUCAAAAACAAGCCAGUUUAAGCGUGAAAGUUUGCGACGAGAAAUUGAACUGUCUUAAAACUCACGACGAAGGAAGACUUAUCGCCGUCGGUAACCAAAACGGCACUGCAUAUCUGGUAGAACUUAGCGAAAAUCUAUCAAUAAUGAUUAAAAAUGAUAAAAAUUUGUUAAGUUCCAUGAUGGAAAGAGAGGCACGUAGAGAAAAAAUACUGGAGGGUCGUAAUCGAGAAAUUCGGUUGAAACAGAAACAAGCACAAGAUCAAAAAGAAGAAGGCGAAGGCGGCGAAGAAGGAGAAACGGAAGAAGGUGUAGAAACAGAGGAAGACGUAGGGUUUUUAGAUAAACACGUGCGAACCGCCGAGAAUGAAUUUUAUCAAAUCAUUGAAAAAGCAUUGGAGAAAAUAAGACCACCUCCUGAAACUCCCUUGUCACACGCAGAGGAAGAGAGCAUUGAUGCGACAUCAAUAAAAUAA